GGCUCAUUUCACAGAAGUACUCUAUAGUAUUUACAGAGCAAAGCUAGCCAUUUGCCUUUUCCCGUAUCCAAGAUGGACAGAUUUUUGGUAUGAAGAUAUAACCACUUGCACAAUCUGAAUGGUAAUUCUGGUGGUUCUUCCCAUGCGUUUCGGGAUUAUAUAUAGCUAUAUGUUUUGAUUUUUCGGCGAUGCAACACCGGAUUUUGUGUUCAGACUGGCCGCGGUCAUGUUCCAAGACUGAUUUCUGAAGACACAAGAAGACAGAAAACUGUUGAGAUUUAACAGUGACACAUGCAUGUGCAAAAUGUGCUAACUGAAAGUUACUCACGAAGAAAUAGGAGGGUCCUGUGGCACACAUGUCGAGCUGGUAUGUCCUCAAAGCUCGGGAAUGCUCACAUAGGCUGUGCCAAUCUAUCUGUUCUGUACUGGGUGCGUGAGAAAUUAAUGCGUUUCAAAAGAGUCUUUCAGAACACGGAGUUGACAGUUCUGAGAAACGAAUAACGACUAGAGGACUCCGAUUCUCCAAACGGGAAAUCUUUAAUGAGAGAGCGAGGUCAUAUGAACUGCACAGGGCUUGAAGUGCGUCUCACGGAAAUCUUGGGUUGCAGAUCUGACACGUGCUAUUCGCUCUCAUCUGCGGCAACGAUGCUUUUCCACGGUCUGCCUGGAGGCGAGAUGCAUGGUGUUAUGGAAGAAAUGGAGCGGAGAGGAAAGAGCGAUUCGGCGACUAUCAGCUCGGCCAUAGAUAUGGGGGAAACAGAGACGAACAUGCCGUCCAUCAGCGGGGACCGGGUGGCUCUGUGUGCGGGCUGCGGAGGGAAGAUCUCCGAUCGGUAUUACCUGCUCGCCGUGGAUAAGCAGUGGCACAUGCGCUGUCUGAAGUGCUGCGAGUGUAAACUCAACCUGGAGUCUGAGCUCACCUGCUUCAGCAAAGACGGAAGCAUCUACUGUAAAGAGGACUAUUACAGAAGGUUUUCGGUGCAAAGAUGUGCCCGGUGCCACCUCGGGAUCUCGGCCUCGGAAAUGGUCAUGAGGGCCAGGGAUUUGGUGUACCACUUGAACUGUUUCACCUGCACGACUUGCAACAAAAUGCUGACGACUGGGGACCACUUCGGCAUGAAAGACAGUCUUGUGUACUGCAGGCUACACUUUGAAACGCUCAUCCAGGGAGACUUCCCCGCGCAUUUCAAUCACACGGAUGUAGCGCCUAAUAAAGGACUGGGCACCACGGGCCCUCUAGGACUGUCUUAUUAUAACGGCGUGAACACAGUGCAGAAGGGCCGGCCUCGAAAGAGGAAGAGCCCGGGGCCCGGAGCGGACUUAGCAGCAUACAAUGCAGCUUUGAGUUGCAAUGAAAAUGAUGGCGAUCCGAUGGACAGAGACUCUCAGUACAGUUCCAGCCAGAAGACAAAGCGCAUGAGAACGUCUUUUAAACACCAUCAGUUGAGGACCAUGAAGUCGUAUUUUGCCAUCAACCACAAUCCUGACGCCAAGGAUCUGAAACAGUUGGCCCAGAAAACUGGUCUCACCAAGCGAGUACUACAGGUCUGGUUCCAGAAUGCUCGGGCCAAGUUCAGACGGAACCUCUUACGUCAGGAGAACACAGGUGUGGACAAGGCCUCCGAUGGGUCGAACCUACCUGGAGGAACGCCUUCUGGACCUGCAUCAGAGAUUUCCAACACCUCAAUGAGCCCCUCCAGCACCCCAACAACUCUGACGGACCUGACGAACCCCACCAUGCCCACCGUCACCUCCGUAAUGACCCCUGCGCCAGGCAGCCUGGACAUUCACGAAUGCCGGAGUCCCUCACAGAGCACCUUAACCAGCCUCUUCUGAUG